AUGCAAUGUAGAUCGCUGGAUGGUCAUGUCCCCCGGUUUGAUGAUACGCGUUUCACCAGAGGAAAGCGUGAGCUCGAUCUCGCCUGCGACCUGGAUGACAAAGUCCAGGCUCACGGUCCGAUGCAGAGGACUCUCCGAGUCCGGAGGCGUAUCAAUGUACCACACAUUAGCACCGCCACCCUGAGUGACCAGCGGAGGAAGCUCAUGGAGUGUGGAGGUCUCGUAGUGCUGGAGGUCGGUGCCAUUGGUGAGCACGACGGGCGGUCUGUUGGUGGUAUAACCCAGACGCACGAGAGCUCCACCGAGAUCGUUCACGACGGGAAGGGACUCGUUGACGGUCCUCGAGAAGACAGAGUUGCCUUCAUUGUCGUUGUCGCUCCCGACGGCACCGAAGAUACAAGGCCGUCGUUGCCUGCGCGACCUGUCGUCGUCGCAAGGUCAAAUGCGACGGUCUCCGCCCAGGAAACCUGUACUUACAUUGCUGCGUCAGUCCGCCGUAGCAGUACUGUCAACCACCAUCACUCAUCAGCUGCAAUAUCCUCCCAACUGCUGACUCCUGCUACGUCUGCUCAAGUAAAUUCGGAGGAAAUCAAUGCCAUCAGAUCUCCAAGCGCUCGCAGCCCCGGUAAUCCAGGAGAAUUCUCUUUCGAGGUCAAGGCUGCGAUUGAUACCCGACUGGGGCUACCAUCGCCGAAAAGGCGUUGCCCUAUUCCUCUGACAGAUGCUCCAUUAUUUGGUUUGCUCUCUAUCCUAGAUAUCACUGAAGCUAUUGUUAAUCCUGCGGACUAUGUCCUUCCGUCGCGCAGACAUGCCGACCACUUGGUGAACCUGUACUGGCAAUGUCUGGAUCCUCUGGAGCCCUUGCUCGAUCAGAAAUCUUUCUGGGCUGCCUACCAGGCCCUCUUUGAUGGGAGGGAGAUAGAGUGCAAUAGACAAAUCUUUCUGUGCGUGCUCAAUCUUGUAUUCGCUUUGUCCACUCAAUUACAAGAAUCAACUUCCCCGGAACAGCGACACAGUUCCAGCAGAACGUUCUUUCUUCGAGCCUGGCAUCUGUUACGUCCAGAGAACAUCCUCUGGAAAGCCGGCUCAUUGGAUACCGUUCAAUGCCUGAUUCUUAUGACCAGAUACCUCCAAUGUACCCCUAAUUUGCAACAGACAUGGAUGGCCCUGGGUUCCGCUCUCCGGAUUGCCCUGAGCAUUGGACUUGGCCGACCAGGGGGGAAUAUAUCCGGAUCACGGAGGGAGAAUAGCGUGGCACUGGAUGUCUGGCAACAAUGCGUCUUUAUGGACAGAUGCCUUUCCUGGUCGCUUGGGCGGCCUUCCUCAGCGCCUAGAGUACCCUUCUUGUUCAACCCGCCUUGCUACGACAGUGAGACUGUCACUCCAAUUUCGGAGAAAAUGCAAGAAUUAACUAAGAUCACCGGUUACAUUGGCGUUUCUCAAGUACUCCCCAGCAGUAGUUCGGCCGAGGGCCUAGGCUUGGCCAUGCAAACCCAACCCGAAUCCUAUACCGUUAUACAAAUCGACGAGUAUCUAACUGGAUUAGAAAACAGCCUUCCUCCUAUCCCAUUCAAUAGCCCUAAUGUUGAAUCCGCGGACCGCCAACUACUCCUCCUUCGUCUCCGCAUUUCAUACACACGUAUCAUGCUCCUCAGACCCACAAUGGCCCACUUCUGUCUACCACAUUUACAAACCCAGAAAUCAGGCGAACCAAGUCUAGGCGACCACAUCAACCAAACAAGCGCCACACUAUGCGUUACAAACGCCCAAAAGCUCAUUACACUGAUCCAGGCAUCAUGCUCACAACAAGACAAGACCGGACUCAUCAUCGUACCCUGGUGGUAUCGUAUUUUCUUCCUCUACAUCGCAAUGCAGCAUUUGAUAACCGCAAUGCUACGACCUGACAUCUUCGCAACGGUGGUCCAGGAGUCCUGGAACACAGCUGUCUCGGUCCUCAGUGCACACGAGCACCUUAGUCUAUCUGUUGGAAAAUGUCUGAAUAGCUUUCGGUUGAUGUGGCAGAAGGUCAGUGAUAUUCAUCGCGUGCCAACGACUCAGGAGGAGGUUCUGCCGCCUCAUGAAGCAGAGUGUGAUAUGGGGUUGCGGGAUGUCUUUCGGCAUCUUGGGUUUGAUGAGGAGAUUCCAUUGUUUGGUUUGGAUGAUUCGGAGUGGUUAGGGGGUGUUGACUGGGUUUAG